GAGCUGUAAUAUGUAUAAAUAAGUCAGCACCCAAGAAUUUUUCCAUCUGUGUGUCUUCUAACAGACAGUGAUAGACGUCCUUGAGUAAUGGCUACUGCUGGAAAGGUUAUUAAGUGUCAGGCUGCUGUUGCAUGGGAGUAUAAUGCUCCAUUGGUUAUAGAAGAAAUUGAGGUGGCACCACCCCAAGAGAAUGAAAUACGCAUAAAGGUGAUAGCCACAGGGGUGUGUCACACUGACCUGUACUAUCUGUAUGAAGGCAAGCACAAAGCUGGCUUCCCAGCUGUCCUAGGUCAUGAGGGAGCUGGUAUAGUGGAGAGUGUUGGACCUGGAGUCACUGAAUUCAAACCAGGGGAUAAGGUCAUUCCUCUCUUCAUUUCGCGAUGUCAUGAGUGCAGAUUCUGCAAGAAUCCAAAAAGUAACCAAUGUGAAUACAACUGGUCGUCUCAGAAGAGUGCGGUGAUGUGCGACACUGAUUCACGCUUUACUUGUCGGGGGAAAGUGAUCCUACAGUUCAUGGGCACCAGCACAUUCUCGGAGUACACGGUCAUGAACCAGAUGGCUGUGGCCAAGAUUCACGAUGAUGCUCGACUCGACCGGGUCUGCCUCCUUGGCUGUGGCAUCUCCACUGGUUAUGGAGCUGCCAUCAACACUGCCAAGGUUGAGCCAGGAUCUGUCUGUGCAGUUUUUGGGCUGGGAGCAGUGGGACUGGCGGCCGUAAUGGGCUGUAAGAACGCAGGAGCCUCCAGGAUAAUCGCUGUGGACAUCAAUGAGAAGAAAUUCGAGAAGGCAAAGAUCCUCGGAGCUACCGACUGCGUGAACCCCAAAGCACACACUAAACCCAUCAAUGAGGUGCUUGCAGGGAUGACCAACGGAGGAGUGGACUUUUCUCUGGAGUGUGUGGGCAAUGUUGGAGUUAUGCGAAGUGCUUUGGAGUCGUGUGUUAAAGGCUGGGGCGUCAGUGUUCUGGUUGGUUGGACAGAUCUCAGUGAUAUCUCUACUCGACCUAUCCAGCUUCUCACUGGCAGAACCUGGAAGGGGUCCUCCUUUGGUGGUUUUAAGGGCAAAGAUGAUGUGCCCAAACUGGUUUUGGACUAUAUGUCUGGACACAUUAAACUGGAUGAAUUUGUGACUCACACUAUGAAACUGGACCAGGUCAAUGAUGCCAUUCACCUCAUGAAGACUGGAGGAUGCGUUCGAACAGUGCUGAACUUGUCGUCCAAAUGAGAAGUGGACAGCUGUUCAAACUCAUUGCAUAUUUCCAAGUACACAAAACAUCUCUUGUCCAGUCAAUCAAGUCCAACAUAUUUUUAAUGAGUAUAUAAUGUUUCCCCUGUCUGGCAUUUACCUGUCAUAUUACUGAAGUGCGUAUGCAAUCCGCUGUCAGCCUGUUCUUUCUAGGUCAGGUUGAAGGACAGUGGAAAAAAUGUAUGGCUUAUUUCCAGGAGGUGAUUUUUUUUAACAUGGCCCAAUAGUCACUGACCCCUUGUUAACCUGCUCUAUAGAGCAGGUUAACAAGGGGGAUGCAUUCUGGUCAUUUUGCUAACAAGGGGGAUGGCAUCCCCCCUCAUCCCCCUAUAAAUCACCUACUGCUUAUUUCUACAUUUGAUAACUUGCAUUUUAUGGCACAGAUAUAGCUAUGUAAACAAUAGAAUACUGCUGAAUGGCUGCACUCAUUCACAAGGCCUCUGUUUUUGUGAUAGACAUUCAAUAAAACUGAAUUGCUACAACCAGUGAUAGUU